AUGGGUGUGACAAUCGUUCUCGGAAGCCAGUGGGGCGAUGAAGGAAAGGGAAAGAUCACGGAUAUGCUGUCGCAAGAGGCGACGCUCUGCUGCCGUGCUGCGGGUGGUCACAACGCCGGCCACACCAUUGUCCACGGAAACGUGACUUACGACUUCCACAUCCUCCCCUCCGGACUUGUUUCAGAUAAGUGCAUCAACCUCAUCGGUGCCGGAACCGUUGUGCAUGUUCCUAGUUUCUUCAAGGAACUUGCGGCGCUUGAGACGAAGGGCCUCAAGGGCGCCGCGGCCCGUGCUUUCAUCUCGGAUCGCGCCCACGUCUGCUUCGACCUGCACUCUGUUGUUGAUGGCCUUGAAGAGAAGGGUCUCGGCGGUAGGAAGGUUGGAACUACCGGCAAGGGAAUUGGACCUUGCUACAGUGACAAGGCUUCAAGAAGGGGUGUGCGUGUUGGAGAGAUCUUGGACGAGGAGCUCUUUGAGCGGAAACUCAGGACUCUGCACACCGGUUACACGGCGCGGUUCGGACAGCUGGACUACGACGUCGAGGAGGAGAUUGCGCGGUUCAAGGAGUAUCGAAAGCUACUCGUCCCGCACAUUGUCGACCAACUUGCCUUCUUUAACAAGCACAAGGACUCGCCCAACACCCUGGUCGAAGGCGCAAACGCCCUCCUCCUCGACCUGGACCACGGCACUUACCCUUUCGUGACAUCCUCCUCCACCGGCCUCGGCGGCGCCGUCCAGGCCCUCCACCUCAACCCCACCAGUAUCAAAUCCAUCAUCGGUGUCGUGAAAGCCUACACCACCCGCGUCGGCUCCGGUCCCUUCCCCAGCGAACAACUCAACGCAGACGGCGAGAAACUGCAAAAGGUUGGCCGGGAAUUCGGCGUCACCACCGGCCGCAAGCGUCGGUGCGGCUGGUUUGACCUUGUCCUCCUCCGCUACUCCCAAUCCAUCAACCACUACACCGCGCUCAAUCUCACCAAGCUCGACAUUCUCGACGACUUUGACGAGAUCAAGGUUGCCGUUGCUUACACCCUCCCCGACGGCACCCGUCUGACGGACACCAUCCCCGCCGACGCGGAGGUCCUCAACAAGGUCGACGUCGAGUACGUUACCCUGCCCGGCUGGAAGAGCAACACCAUGGGCGCGAAGAAGUACGAAGACCUCCCCGAGAACGCCCGCAACUACGUCGAGUACAUUGAGCGCGAGCUCGGCGGCGUUCCUGUGAAGUGGAUCGGAACAGGUCCCGCUCGUGACGACAUGAUCUGCCGUGAGAUCUAG